GAGCUGCUUAUUUUCUUGUCAUUCCUGUUAUGGUUGAAGAAAUUUCCGACUAUCAGGCUCAGAGAAUGCAACAACUUCCUGACGCAACAGUGCGCCUUAUCGGCAGCAGUCAAGUGAUUACGUCUGUCUUCAGCGUCGUGAAAGAACUGUUUGAAAACGCCGUAGAUGCGAAUGCAACUUCAGUAGAAAUAAAACUUGAUAAUUAUGGAUUGGACAGAAUUGAAGUAAGAGACAAUGGCUGUGGAGUCAAAGCAGUGGACAUUACAGUUUUGGCAAAGAGACACUAUACAUCCAAAAUAAGAUCCCAUAAUGAUCUUGAAGCUCUGAUGACAUAUGGUUUCCGCGGUGAGGCUCUGGCAUCUUUGUGUGCUGUUGCUGAUGUUGUGGUGACAACAAAGGCAGUGGAAGAUGAUGUCAGCUUUGCAUAUACAAUCAACAGCGAGGGUGACAUCACAUCUAAAUCACCAUCUUAUUUAGGUCAAGGCACAACUGUGUGUGCAAAAAAUUUGUUCAAGAAUCUACCUGUGAGAAAACAGUAUCACAACAUUGCAAAAAAGAAAAAAGAUGAGUUGAAGCGUGUUGAGGAUCUUCUGAUCGCCUAUGGGCUUGUUCGACCUGAUGUACGAAUUUCUUUACGGCAUAACAAGGAAUUAUUGUGGCAGAAGGUGAUUCUUCCAGAUACUGCAUCAACUCUGCAAAGCGUCUUGGGCAAAUCUGCCAUGGGGCAAAUGGAGUGGAAAAUUGACAAACAGGAAGAUCCUCAAAUGGAAAUUAAAAUAUGCUUGCCUAAACCUGGCUCAGAUGUUUCUUUGGUAAGCCGAUCUUCUCCAGACAGAUCUUUCCUGUUUGUGAAUGGCCGACCAGUACAAGUGAAAGAAAUAGAUAAGCUUAUCCGCCAGUACUACAGCAACUGCCAUGCCUGUGACAUCACUCGACAUCCUGUGUAUUAUGUCAGCAUCACUCUCCCACCCAGUGCUGUGGACGUCAACUUGGAGCCCAACAAAACUACUGUCAUGACAACCAACAUGACUUUGUUACAUGAUCGUCUUGAGGGAAUAUUACUCUAUAUCUAUGGGCCACUUGAUCAAGCCCCUUCUUGGCGAUAUAGAAAUGCUGAUGAUAAAGAGAACAAGACAGGUGCUCUGCAGAGUGAUGGUGAAUCCCACAAAUUAGUCGUCCAGUAUGAGAAGCACUCUAUGAAUGGUUCUGAGCAACCAGGAAUGCAUUCUGACUCAAAGGCAGAUAGGGACAAAACCUGCAGUGGAGUGUCUGCCCCACAUACACCAUUUCUUCAAGACUCCACACAUCUUGGAAGUGAAUCAUCAGUUAUUGACAAACUUGUAAAUGAUUUAGUUGUCCACAUUUGUACUGAGAAGUCUGUACAUGAUAUAGAACAUUUGCCAGAGAACAAGAACCAAAGAAAUCAUGAUCUCACUGCCAAGCCUGAAUUUGAAAAAUGCAGUAGGAAAACAUUACUGCAACUAGACCACAGAAUAAAUCAGGGAGCUCAAGAAAAUGAUGUGAAUGAUAGUGUUGAUCUUGCAAAAGAUGUUGUUGACAACCUCAUGCGUACCUGCACAAGCAAUGUGUCAUCUAAUAGGGAGGACUCUGAUCUGACUGCAGCAAUAGGCAGCAGAUCAGAUGUGCAGAAACAUGAGUCCAAAGAUGGAUCAGGCUGCCAGCCAGACAGCAGCAGAAAUAUUGAAGAUUCAGCUAUUGACGUAGGUAAUGUACAUCAAAGGAGGAUUGAAGCAUCAGCAACCAAAAGAGAAGACAGGCAGGAAAGUAUAAAAGCCAUGCCAGAUGGAGACUGUUCUUAUCAUUCAAGUUCUUCUGCUUGGAGUUGUGGAACCAGCUUAAUCUCAAAAGAUGGCAGUUUGAUUCAGCCAGUAAAGUUGCUAGCUCCUUCACCAUCUCACUUCCCAGGUAAACGAUCCUUAUCUCCUGCCCAUGACUUGCAUAUACAGAAAACUUCAGCACCACCUGAGAAACGUCAGGCAGCAGCUUCUUCUGGCAGGAGGCUGUAUCCUGCUCAGUCCACUUUAUAUGACAUGAUUAACAAUGUGGCAGUAAAGAGGCCUUUAUUAGCCAGGGAUUACUUCUUCAAAGAAAAGCGUUCUGAAGUUGUGCAAAGUAAUCCAGAGCUAGGAUUCGAGGAGGUGACAAAGAUGCUGUUUGAAAUGUGGGAAAACCUGGCUGAGGAUGAGCGUAAAAGUUUUAAUGACAAAUGUCACCAGGAUGCUGAGAGGUACAAGCAAGAAGUGGAAGCUGCAAAAACUGUAGAGACAAAUAUUAAAAGCAGCAGCAAAUCUAAGCCCAUGAGUGUGCGCGAUAUGGUGGCUGCAUCCAGCACUCAGCCUUCUUCAGAGUCUAAGCUAAAGACAAGAGACACCCAGCAUGUCUUGCCUUUUAGCAUGGCCAGUCUGAAGUUGUGCAUAGCUGCACCUGUUCCCAGGAGAAAACUUCCUGCAUGCCAAGUACUGGCUCAGCUGCCAUCCUGCAAAGCAUGGCUUUGCUGCCGGGGAAAGGAACUAUGCAUCUUAAACUGCUAUCGACUGUCAGAAAGUGUUCUUUUUCACAAAUUGAUUAAUGAACAUCACCUACCUAAACAUCACUGCCAGACACUUUGUCUCCAGCCUAGCAAUUUUGGGAAACUGUGGCCAGUCCUGGAAAGAAUAGCAGAUAAUAUCUCAACAAAUACUUCCUAUUUUCAAUUGUCAGACACAAGGAUUGUGGCCAAUGGUUUUGACAUCAAGUGCUGGAAAGAUGGUAACAGUAAGCUGUGUGGAGAACUGGUUGGCCUGUGUGGUGACAUACCCACAUAUGGGUUGCCAGACCUCUUGGAAGUUUUAGAGCUGAUAAAUCGAAACACCAAGUGCUCUCUUGCUGAGGCACGACCCCUGAAAGUCAUAAACCAUCUUAAGGGUGAAGCAGUACGCAUGGCCAGAAAUCAGAUGCAGGAGAAAAGUCUGCAAGAUGUUCAGGAGCUGUUGGACCAGGCAAGUCAUCUGCCUCUUGAUCAGGAUGCCUGCCUGCACAAUCGCCCGUUUUACCAUCGCCUUCUCUUGGACUACAAGUUUGCUGUGCACAGUCACGAGACUCUCCCAAUUGACAGCAGUAACCAUUCCAAUACUUCUCAGCCAGCCAGUGACUACAGCAGUUCUCUUCCAUCUUCUGAGAUUGCAGACACGGUGAUUUGUAUCAGUGAUUUGAUGGAUUUUGAGUGAAAAUAGUGUUCAUAUGUUGAGUUUGUGUUUAAAAUCAAUUUUGGUUACCUGUGCAUGUUUAUAAAUAUGUUUUUUUCUAGGUAAUCUAUCGUGCAAUGCAGAACUCAUUAAUCAUAUUUAAAAGCAUCUUGAUGUGAAAGAUUUAACCAGGUGCAGGUCAGGAUGCUCAACAUUUAUUUUCUAAAAAUAAUAAUAAUUGAACACUCUUAUCACAGAGCCUUACAACCUAAGCUGGUCACACUCUUUACACUGACCAGCAAUAAAAAAUUAACAUUAAAAACACUGGCUAACACUAACGUUCUAUGAUACACAAAAUACACUCAGCCACUGACACAGAUUAAAGAAUACAUGGGUAGGAAAUUUGAAGAAAUUAAGCAUAAACGAAGAGAUCAAAACUAAUUAUAUGAAAAUGAAUUGCAUUGAUGUAGAAUGGUUAAAAAAAAAAAAAUGACCAAAAAGAUCAAGGAUAUUACUUUUCAAACAAAUGAGUUUUCAUGAGAAAAAUCCUGCCUUUGAAUCUGUAUAGCAAAUGUGGUGCGGAAGAGAGUUCCACUGUCUAGAAGCACAGAACAAAUAGUCAUAGCUGACCAUAAAGAGCCCCAGCUGAGCAACAAGUCCUGGACCUUUUUUUGCAAAGCAUAACAUGCAAUAAUUCACUCAUCUCUACAUCCUCCUCCAAGACAGAUGAGGUGAGAAGCUUUUUUUUUUAAUAAUCGUUUGAUUCCCCCAAAGGGCAUUGAUAUAAUAAAUAAUAAUAAAGCUGUGUAGCAAAUUGCUGCUUAAAUCAGUUGUCCUUAGUUUCAUCUGCAACCUCCUUUAGUCACUUAUCAGAAGCUGCAGCUGUGCAAUAGCUGAAGUUAGCUCACUAUCUGACCAGGGUUGAUGAAAAAAAACAAAGAAAGAGAGGAGAUGAGCACUACUUACAUGAUAUGAAGUGUCUCUAAUGCCUUCCUCCCUAGACCCUAAACGGUCCUGAGACACCCCGUUUAUAUAUAUAUAAUUUAUUUUAAGCUACAUUGCUAGAUAAAGUGUUAAAUGAUAAAUGUGUAACACUACCUUGUUUUUGACCCGUAAUUUUGUAAUGUCUGUUGUAGGAUGUGCAAGUAUACACAAACAAUCAAAAAAGGAAAAUGUAGCUGGCAAAUUUAAAAUGGGAAAAUUCCAGUAGCUGUUGCAGUCAUCCUUGUAUCAUAUCUCUAAACUUGGUUGCAACCAAAGCAAGAUCAUAUGGAAGAGAAGAUAGGAAGGUAGAAUGCUUAAAGGUUUUUUUUUAUAGAUAAGUACCACAGUGAAAUAUCUUUGUCUCCAUGUGUAUGCAUAGAUAAAAUCAGACUUUCUCCUGCAAAUCUGCAAGUAAUCAAAGGCAGCAAAGUAUCUGAGAUUAUGGAUAUUAACACAAACACAAGUCAAACUCAGACUCUUCUGGGUGAUUUUAUUCACUUAUUUACAGUUGACAUCAAAAACUGUAAUUGCACAUUCACAUAGCAUAAAAAAAAUCUUUGUGUAGUUUCCUUAACAGUUUUUUAUACCCAGGUUACUUAUCUCACAGGUAGCAUCAGAUUAAGAGUGCAUGAGCAAAUAUAGUGUUCAAGCAUUUCUGUUUUUGAAAGCUAUCUGGGAAUAAAAAUCAUACUGUUAAUGACAAUGAUCAUGACCACUUUUUGUUUGUAAGUAGAUAGCCUCCUUCAUCAGUGAAGCAAAAGAUGAAUGAAAAACAGACUGAGGUCUUUAACUUGUCAAAGUCACCCACCUAACUUAACUCCUCAUACCUUCCUGUACUCCCAAAGGUCACAUGCAACAAAUGAAUUGGCAAAAAAAAAAAAAAAGGCAAGCAUCCUAUCUUUCUUAGUUUUACCUCCUGAGGUAACCAUGGCUAUCACAGCAUUAUGCUCUGUCUUAUCCCAUCCCAUCGAUAAUACUUACUUCCUUUUUUCCCGUUGUCAGCUAAUCCAACCUAUUGCUAGAUGGGGAUUACCCUUAAGACAAAAGUUUAUAGAUCUCUUUUUUGCUGAAUGGCAGAGUAUGCCACAGUCACAUAAGUCUCCAGGUUAGGACUCUUGUCAGCCUCCAACAUUUACAAUCACUUGAUGUUCCCAUGAAGAGAAAAUUUAAAAAACUAUUUUUGUCACUGGACUUAUUUGAUUCUGAACAUAAAUUAUGACCACUACUAUUUCUGGCCUGGUUCUGCCACUCAUAAUUCAGAUGCAAAGCAUAAAGGAAAAUCAAGGCAUGGUAUAUAUAUGUAUAUGCGGCCCUAUGCUCCUCAAGGAGUAACAAGGACUAAACAAACUAAACUACUAUAUGUAUAUAUACUUUUUUGUUAAUUAGGAUGAGUUAAUGCUGUAAUUUAGUAUGGGAAUCAAACUGGUUGUAGUAUGGACCCCUGAUUUGAUAUAAAGACAUGAUUAAAA